UAAAAACAAGUGAAGUUGUAAUUCUGAUGAGGUGGUUUAUCCACUUCUCGUUCACGGUUGUUUAGCUUUUAAUUUUAAGCUAGUUUUUUUUAUUGUUUGUAGACUGAAGAAUUUCAGGGAAGGGAUUAAAGGGUUUGACAACAAUCCAAAAUUGUCGAGCCUAAAAUUAGCUAGUCUUUUAAUUAGGCGGCAAGCUACUUCGUCGUGUGCCCAUGUCAGAUUUAUCGACAAUUUUUUAGGUCGACGAACUUGAGGUUAUUAUUGUCAUUAGGCGAAAAUAAUGGCAGGUACAAAGAAAUCAUUGGACCCACUGUUACAAACCCAUUACGAAAUUUUGGGACUUAAACAAAACUGCUCUUCUAAACAAAUCAGAGAUGCAUUUGUUUCAAUUUCAAAAAAAGUGCACCCAGAUGUUAACAAAAGUGACCCAGAUUGCCACAAGUCUUUUCUUAAGCUAAAUGAAGCUUAUUCUGUCUUGUCAAAGCCAUACAAAAGGCAAUUGUAUGAUGCUAGUCUGAUGAGUAGAAAAUAUGCAGCUGUGGAUAAUUAUUCCAGUUGGGUAGAAACUAAUGCACCAUUUGGAAAAGUCAAUGAAUGGAGAGAUGAAACUCUUUGGUCAGCAAGAGACAAAACCAAGGACAAAUAUUAUAAAGACAAACCUUAUUAUGGGAUUAAAGGAAUGCAGAGAAUAUCUAACAAAUACAUUGCUGCUGGCUGUGUUGUGUUUAUGUUAGUUGGAGCGGCCUUCCAUUUUGUAAUUGUUAAGAAAUCAUCUGCCAGAGCCUUGGAGGUUCUUAACCAAGUCGAUAAAGAAAGCACCAACUGGUAUCUGGAAACUAGAAGGAAGGCUUUGGCAAGUUCUACCAGUGAGCAAAUAGAACGCUUAAGUGCUAUUCGCGCUUAUUGUAUAUUAACUCGUGGUUACUACUUUGUAAGCUGUGCUUGUUUGAGGACAGCAAAACUUUUCUUUGCGACAUUAAAUCAGGAGUUCCGGCGUGCGCGUGCCUUACUAAGUAUGGUCAGAGUUAAUAAAUCGUUACUUCCGCAAGCGAUACUGAGAUUGUUGAAUUACAUAGCAUUGUUACCACAUAUUGUUUUAGAGUUUUGA